AUGUUUCGACCGUUUAUCCAAAAUCCAUCACAUAGCAGUAAACUACCAUUAAACACAAGAUUAAAUUCUACUUUACAAUCUGGGAUUGGUAGGGGUAGCUCUAGUGCUAUAACUUUUCGUGGUAAAAUUUUUGAAAUUGAUGAAACAAAUGCGACUGCUACCAAAUCGGCCAAUAACCCUACUACCAAUUAUAAUAAAACUAAUUAUGAUAAUGGUGGAAAUAGAGAUCUAAGUUUACUACAAAAACUUCGAAGAAAACUGCAAGAAUCAAAAAAAUUAAGUGAUGGUGAUGGUGAUGGUGAAGUGACAAGGAUGAGAAAACCACAACCUGGCCAAUUUGAUGAUUCGAUUGAGGAUGUUGCGACGAUGGAUAAGGAGGCGACAUCUUUUACGUACCAGAAAAAACAAAAGGCUUUUCAAAGCAUGUUGCCUAAUAAUGAUAUCGAGUAUUUGGUGGAGGAAACUAUUGAUCCUUUAAAAAAAUAUUUUGGAUCUACUAAAAAUGAUGGUAAUGAUCAAAAGAAAACCAAAGGACAACGUUAUAUUCAUGUGAAUGAGGAUGCUCGAAGGCGACGACAAGAAAGCCAAAUGCGAAAGAACAAUGAAAGACCACAGUUACAACCAAGUAUCAAUAAAAAAAGACAUGAAAUGGUAAAAGCAAGAGAUUUUGUAGUGGAAGACAUUAAUUGGGAUGGAUAUCAAACCAUUACACCAGAUUUCUCCUUGAUGAUACAAAAAGAAAAUGAAUUAAUUGCGGGGGAUGCUGAUGAAUCAUUAGAAUUGUUAGAAAUUAAACAUGGCGAUUACACUAGAUAUUUGGGGAAAACGUUAAAUUCUAAAAUACUUUCUGAAACUGUAUCCUCAUUAAUAGGACAAAAUCCAUCUUAUGAUUUAAAGGAUAAACAAAAAUUCUAUGAAGUUUUAUCUGAUAAAUUAAAAAAUGUAGAAAAAUAA